UUGUCCUCAACUGGUAUCCUCUUCACACAUUCUUCACUUUUCCUGCCUUCUGCAAUCUGCAAGAGAGAGAGAGAGACUAGAGAUGGCGGAUGCUGUAGAGGUGAGCAACAAACAGAUAAUUUUGAAGAAUUAUGUGACUGGUUUCCCCAAAGAGUCGGAUUUGGAGGUGAAGAUUACCACCACUCGUCUCAAGGUCCCGGAAGCUACUCAGAACGCGAUUCUGGUGAAGAAUCUCUAUCUCUCCUGCGAUCCCUACAUGCGGAAUCGCAUGUCCAACCAUCAAGGAAGCUACGUCGAAUCCUUCACCCCCGGUUCUCCUAUAACAGGAUAUGGUGUGUCUAAAGUUAUAGAUUCCACACAUCCAGACUUCAAGAAUGAUGACUUGGUUUGGGGAUUCACUGGAUGGGAAGAGUAUAGUCUUAUAAAAGCCACACAAUCUUUGUUUAAGAUUCAACACAAGGAAGUUCCACUUUCUUAUUAUACAGGAAUUCUCGGUAUGGCUGGAAUGACUGCUUAUGUUGGUUUUUAUGAGAUAUGCUCCCCAAAGAAAGGAGAAACAGUGUUCAUAUCGGCUGCAUCUGGAGCAGUUGGUCAGCUUGUAGGUCAAUUUGCAAAGUUGCUUGGCUGUUAUGUUGUUGGAAGUGCUGGAACUAAAGAAAAGGUGGAUCUGUUGAAGAACAAGUUUGGAUUUGAUGAAGCUUUUAACUACAAAGAAGAGGAAGAUCUGAAUGCAGCUCUGAAAAGGUACUUCCCAGAUGGGAUUGAUAUUUACUUUGAGAAUGUUGGUGGAAAGAUGCUUGAAGCAGUACUUCUGAACAUGAGAAUCCAUGGGCGUAUUGCAGUAUGCGGAAUGAUCUCGCAAUACAACCUUGAGAAGCAGGAAGGCGUUCAGAACAUGUUCAGCCUCAUAUCAAAACGAAUUCGUAUGCAAGGAUUCCUAGUGGGUGAUCACUAUCACCUCUACCCUAAGUUCUUGGAAAUGAUACUGCCACACAUUAAAGAAGGAAAGGUUAAUUAUGUGGAAGACAUAGCACAAGGUCUGGAGAGUGCCCCUGCGGCUUUGAUUGGACUUUUUUCUGGCCGAAAUGUGGGAAAACAACUGGUUGUGGUUGCCCAUGAAUGAAGAACACAAUUGGGAACCAAUUAUAUAGACUAUGUUUCUUGUUUGUGUAUUGUGCUUUUGAAUAAGAGAUUUUUGUUAUUGUUAUAUAUAUGAAGACUCUAUAUAUGUUU